UGCUUUCCUGCAAGCAGAGUGUGAGCAGCAGCUCGCCUUUAUCUGAUAUAUGCCUCAGCCUUUCUCCUUGUUUGAGAAAGAGCUACUGUUCAUCUUCUCCUCUGCUUUGCUGCGGCUGAACCAUCUGUCACUCAACUACAGCCGGGCGCCACCAUGAGCUUACGGAAACUUGGUUUCAAAUGGUUUGGCAGCCUAACCAACAUCUCUUUCCGUCGCUCCACUGACAAAUCGGACUCAAAGGCCUCCAAGUCAAAGACUGGAGAUGAUGGUGAAUGUGCUGCCUCAGCUAAGUUGAGUCCAGUUGUUGAGACAACACAGGAUGAUCUGGGGGCAAUGCGUCCUCGCACUGCCAGCUACGUCCGCUCCAGUGAGGACUACACACAUGUGGGCACGCUGCCUCGGCUGCUGAUGAGAAAGAGGGACAAAAGCAGCAAAGCAAUCUCAAGCAGCAGUAAAAAGACUAAAGAGAAGAGCAGCAUCAACAGAAGUCAAAGCCAGAGACCAGCAGGAGACAAGAAAGAGGUUUCACAGACACUUCUAGUUUCCUUGUCCAAGACAUCUGAGGUUAAAUCAGAAGUCACUGCUGACACCGGGUUGAAAAAAGUCCCUUCAGCUGAGGGUGCAGAAAAUGUCCCAGAUGUUACUUCAACUGAUUCCAAGACUGAACCUGUAGAAGAUGCCACAAUCAACCAAAGCAUCCAUUGUGGAAACAAUGAGGAAGUGCUACCACCUGGUGGUUCAGAUGUAGUACAUCAGUUGGAGGAGAAGAAAGUGUUGAACUCUGAAGAGACUCCUGUUAGUCAAGAAAGAGAAGAAACCAUAGAAAGUGAUGGAUUAGAGCUAGAGGAGGAUGCACAGAAAGCAGAGAUGGAUGAGGAAAACAUUUACUGCGACAUGAAGCCGACAGAAACCCAGGCAGAACAAGUUCAGAUUGUCACCACAGCAGCCUUGCCCACCACCCACCCACCCACCCGCCCACCUCCCAACCCUCUCCCUAAAAGCUGCCAGCAGUGUCCCCUUCCACUUCCACCUCUCUGA